ACGUCUGCAAGAUGCUUUAUUCUUGCAGCUUGUGCGGUGAUGCUUGGUUCAGUCGUGCAAGCUCGGCAUAAGAAUAGAGACAAUGAUUACGUCAUGUCACUCACCAUGUACCAAGCUCAAUUGUCAGCCAUGAAGAGGGAUUAUAAACAGAGAGAGACUACAGUAGAAAUAUCAACUAUAGGUCCAAGGAGUUUCAACCAAUUCUUUGGUUUUGGUGGGUUUGCUGGUGAUGCUGCAGAUGCCGAUUUUGAUGGUGGUGCUGAUACUGAUUUUGAUUCUCCUUGCCCAGACUCCGAUCGACUUUACAGAAAUAUUACUGGUUAUUGUAAUAAUAUAAGACGACCAACACAGGGUAAAUCAUUUGAAAGAUAUAAACGAUAUGUUUAUCCUCAAUAUCAAGAUGGUAUCUGCUUACCGAGGAUUAGAUCAACACAAGGUUUCGGAUUUCCAUAUGAUAUUCAUUUUCCUAAAGGAGGUUACAAACGUAAAGAAUCUUUGGGCAGUGGUAAAAGAUUCUUUGAUUAUUGGUGGGAUUGGUACAAAACUCUGCUUGAUAAACCCUUAUUACCAAGUGCAAGAACUGUUAGUGUUGUUGUACAUCCAGCUAAGAACGUGAAUUCGAGGAGUACAGUGAUGCUUAUGCAGUGGGGACAAUUCUUAGACCAUGAUUUAACAGCCGCUGCUAUAGAACAACCUGAUACACAAACUCCGUGUUGUGAGGACAUACAGGAAAAUGGACUCCAUCCAGACGUUUCAAGUUGCUCUGGUCAAUGUUUCCCGAUACCGAUUGUUCAGAUUCCUCCAGACAGGUUCUUUAAAAGGAAUUGUAUAGAAUUUCUUCGUUCCCGAUCUGUUGAAGAGAAAAUAGACGAAGAAAAUCCAAGAGAACAACAGAAUCUGUUAACAGCUUUUGUUGAUGGUUCAAGUGUAUAUGGUAGUGAUGAAGAGACAGAGGAAAGAUUAAGGGGUGAAGAUGGAAGAAUGAAAGUAUCUGAUAAUAAUUUACUACCAAAAGGAAAUAGCAAAGACUGCAUCGAGGAAGAUAAUUUCUGUUUUGCUGCAGGGGAUGAUCGAGUGCAUGUGUUCCCUGGUUUGACUGCUUUACAUACAACAUUUGUAAGGUUACAUAAUACUAUUGUACAAAAAUUGGAUGACAAUACGGAUUGGGAUGAUGAGCGACUAUAUCAAGAAACUAGAAAAAUCGUUGGCGCUAUUUUACAGAGAAUUACUUACCUCGAAUUCCUGCCAGAAAUAUUCAAUAAAAGAACUUUACGAAAAUACAAACUGAAAGACGGAAACUAUAAAUAUAACAUCAACAUUGAUCCCAGUAUAGCCAGUGUUUUUGCCACGGCAGCUUUCAGAUUUGGUCAUUCUUUGAUUCCCAAUUUCUUAGUCAUUGAUGGCGAAAAGGUCCUCUCUCGAAAAUUGUUCAACAAUCCUAAAUUUGUAUUUGAAAAGCUGAAAGCUUUGGUUAAGAGUGUCUUAUCUAAUCCAAGUGAAACGGUAGAUCGUUUCCUAACAGAAGAAAUUACAGAUCAUUUGUUUGAAGUGGAUGAUCUGUCUUUUGAUUUAGCUUCAUUCAAUAUACAAAGAGGAAGGGAUCAUGGGUUACCUCCUUAUAACGCUUUCAGGAAAUUAUGCAAGUUGCGUCGAGUUAAGUCAUUCUAUUCUCGGCAGUUAGGAUCAGCAGGGCCUGAUAUGGCUAAAAUAUACAGGAGUGUAGAUGACAUUGAUGUAUUUGCAGGAGGUUUAGCUGAACCACCACUCAGGGGUUCUCAGCUAGGUCCAACCUUCACUUGUAUUUUGGCUCAACAAUUUAAAGAUCUAAAAUUUGGCGAUAGUUUUUGGCAUGAAACCAAGGAUCGUAAACGAGGGUUUACAUCAGAUCAACUUGAAUCACUCAAACGAGUAACUCUAUCUAAAGUUCUCUGUGACGAAAUCGGUUUAGAUAGCAUACAGAGGAAUCCAUUCCGUACUGUAACAGAUGGAAAUCCAGAAGUUUCAUGCGAUAGUCUACCUGAUUUAGAUCUGAGUCCUUGGUGGGAUGAUGAAACUAACUACAACAAUCAUCAUGGGAAGCAUGGAUAUUAUUAAUUCUCUAAUAUUCAAAUUUAUUUAUGUAAUAGCUCAAACGGAAUUUAGAAUUAAUCGAGUCGGUGCAAUUAAAGUGUUUUGUGGUUCCAAAAAUAUGUGGAUGCUAUGUAGGGAGUAAUCUUGAUAUGGAAAAAUAUAUUUAAUUAUUUGGUAUUCUGUUCUACAUUUCUAGAAAA